GAAGCGGUCCUGCUCUCCCAGACGCGCAGUUAGUCAGAGCGCACCGCGGAGCGCGCAGAUCCGGACGCACCUGAGCAGACGGAGCGCAGCGGCGCGACCGUCAGAGAGCUGCACACAGCUCCUCACCUGUUCUGAGCCGCACGCACACAAACACACACAAACACACACACACGUUUCUCCGCAACAUCUGCCACGUCGCCUCUGAUGAUGAAGAGACGGGGACAGCCUGACGCAGUCUUCGCGGAUGUGGAACAUUUCUGCGUCCUCUGGCGUCUCCGCUGCACCACAUGAUUGAAUUUUAACGCAGAUCGUUUUCGAUCGUUCAAACCGGUGACUUUGAGAAGCCUUGAAACUCCGGUGCGGGCUGUGUGUGAAGCUCGGUGCUUCGUUCUCACUACAAUGUCCCAGACCAUCUGCGUGGGAAACUUACAGGCAUGCUGCACGCGGAGGGGCGAGUACGUGCGAGCGGGCUGAAACAGAUGGACGCAAGCCCAGCGACACACCGGAGACGCGCUGUGCUGCUGAAUGGGUGACGAGCUGCGACUCACGUCACCAGCCCUGUGAAACCACCUCCCAUCGCAUCGUGCGGGACAGGAUCCCCCCAGCAGAGCUGCAGGGAUGUACCAGGAGGUGGCCUUCCUGGCAGGGAGCACUGAUCACCAGUUCACCACAUUCCAGUUUAAACGCUUGGAGAACCCACAAGAGGUCACAUCCAAGAAGGGUUUGUUCUAUAAGCGCGCCCAGCUCCUGCUUCAGCCUCAGUCUCACCGAGAGGAUGGAGGUGAGAUUGACCUGGCUGAUGGCGCAGCCAUCAUCAAUGUGGGUGGCAUUAAGUACCACAUCCCCUGGUCCACGCUGGAUGAGUUCCCUCUGACGCGACUGGGCAAGCUACGAGCUUGUAGCAACGAAGCAGAGAUCAUGGACGUGUGCGAUGAUUACGACGGCAGCUGCAACGAGUACUUUUUCGACCGAAACCCGUCAGCUUUCCGCAUCAUCGUGACUUUCCUGGCAGCUGGAAAACUGAGGCUCCUGAGGGAGAUGUGCGCAUUGUCCUUCCAGGAGGAGCUGCUGUACUGGGGGGUGGAGGAGAACAACCUGGACUGGUGCUGCCUCAGGAAGCUGCGAUUAAGGCAGGAGGAGUACAAAGAGCAGCAGAGGCUGGAGGAGGAGGAGGGGGCCGAGCUCAACUCACCGCAGUCCUGCGAGGAGAGCCAGCAGCCUCUGGAAGGACCAGAGGAGACCUUUUCAGGAGGCUGCAUGCGGAGGCUGAGGGACAUGGUGGAGAACCCCCACUCGGGCCUUCCGGGGAAGAUCUUCGCCUGCCUCUCGGUCUUAUUUGUAGCCAUCACUGCUGUGACCCUGUGUGUCAGCACCAUGCCUGACCUCAGAGAGGAGGAGGAGAGAGGUGAGUGCUCCCAGAGAUGCUACAACAUCUUUGUUCUGGAGACAGUGUGUGUCGCCUGGUUCUCCCUGGAGUUCCUGCUGCGCUUCAUUCAGACUCAGAGCAAGUGUAUGUUCCUGCGUACGCCUCUAAACGUCAUCGAUGUGGUAGCCAUUCUUCCCUACUACAUCACCCUCAUCGUGGACUCUCUGUCGGUGGGUGGGAAACCUGCAGGCUCAGGGAACAACUACCUGGAGAAGGUGGGGUUAGUUCUCCGAGUUCUCCGCGCACUACGGAUCUUUUACGUCAUGAGGUUGGCCCGGCACUCCUUAGGCUUGCAGACCCUUGGCCUAACAGUGAGGAGGUGCACGCGUGAGUUUGGCCUGUUGCUGUUGUUCCUGUGCGUGGCCAUGGCUCUUUUCUCACCACUCGUUUUCCUAGCUGAAAGCGAAAUGGGCGCAAAGCAGGAAUUCACCAGCAUCCCUGGUAGCUACUGGUGGGCGGUCAUCUCCAUGACUACGGUUGGUUACGGGGACAUGGUGCCCAGAAGCAUCCCUGGUCAGGUGGUGGCGCUUAGCAGCAUCCUGAGCGGCAUCCUCCUCAUGGCCUUCCCUGUCACAUCCAUCUUUCACACCUUCUCCCGCUCCUAUGUUGAGCUGAAGGAGGAGCAGAGCCGGGCGCUCAGGCAGAAGCCAGACUCGCAGGACAGCACCAAGUCGCAGAACAGCGAGGACUCCCAGGAGACGGACAGCUACCAUGGCAUUACAGAGGCCACGGCUUCAGCCAUACAGCGGAGAAAGUCCAUGGCUGCUCAGAGAGCGGCUGAGAUCAGAGCGUCCAUGAAGACUUAGCCUCUCUGUCAGCCUGUCUUUUUUCAAGCGGGAGCCACGGAGGCUGCGAUACCCAGCACUGGGACUUCAAAAAUGACAAGCUGCGGGACUGUGAACAGGGAUGAGGUUUUCUCUGUUGAGCUCGGGGUUUCCGCUUUGAACGUGUGAAGCGCUUGUGCACCAGAGUGUGUCUGAAUUUCACAAGUUUUACAGGAGAGCCGCAGAUGAGGUCUUUUUCGUUUUUUACAAAUCUGAUUUUAAAAUAUAGGAAACGACACAAUAUUCACACUUAAGUAUCUAAAAAAACCAACCCUAACGGACAGUACUCUCACUGACUGUGACUCAGAUUACUCUCUGAAAAGAAAAUCUGCUACUAAAACACACGUGUUCUUGUUUAGACCUCUGAAUAAUAGUUUAUGUUCCUCAUGUAGCUGCAUUGAGUGGAUUGUGUGAAAUAAAGCUGUUUGCUGAGAUUUUAAA